AUGAUAAAUGUUCAAUGCUAUUUCCCAAACACAGUAAAUAUGUCUAUACAGCAGUUCAUGGGCAAGCUAGACCUGUACACCUUCUGUCCAUGUGCUGACUUGCAGACAGCCUAUGAACUGCCGAUCAUCGCCUUUGAUGAACUUCGGACAGACUUCAAAAGCCCAAUAGAUCAGUGCAACCCAGCCCACGCAAGAGAGCGGCUGAGAAAUAUUGAGCGUAUUUGCUUCCUCUUGCGAAAGCUGGUGUUGCCGGAGUACUCUAUCCAUAGUCUUUUCUGCAUCAUGUUUUUGUGCGCUCAAGAGUGGCUCACACUGGGGUUAAAUGUUCCUUUGCUUUUUUAUCACUUCUGGAGGUAUUUUCGUUGCCCAGCAGAUAGUUCAGAGCUAGCAUAUGAUCCACCUGCAGUCAUGAACGCAGAUACCUUGAGUUACUGUCAAAAAGAGGCCUGGUGUAAGCUAGCUUUCUAUCUCCUUUCCUUCUUCUACUAUCUGUACUGCAUGAUCUACACUUUGGUGAGCUCUUAA